GGUCGACUGUCACUGUCGGUACUUCUACUUCAAGCGUUCUGCUCGGCUGAUAUGGAGGCCAGACCGCCAGAAAACACUGAUACCAACACUUCUGCUGCACCCACAAACGCCGUGCUGGAUGCACGGGUCAACUUUUUUCAAAGACAUCCAGCCAUCACCCAUUUUACAGCGUUAGCAGUGUUUUUCACACCACUUGCUGCAGUGCCAUAUUUGCUAUCUAAGAGGCGUAUCUCCGCUCUAUCCAGAAGGUUGGACGAACUCUCAGCCGCAACCACUGCUUUGCAGGCGGAAUUAAAGACUUCUGCGACUGAGAAUGCCACACGGAAGUUGGAAUCACAUCGCACCUCAACCUCGCUUGAGGCUGCAAGAACGGAACUCAUUCAGCUGCGCCGCAGCUUCGAACAGCUUCGUAUGGAACGCGAUGCGUCAGAGAUGACGACACGGAACGCUCUGAAGCAGCUUCUUGAAGAGAGAAAGCUGACCAGCGAACGCCUGGCACUUCUUCCCCAGCUGGGCACUUCACUGGCUGAUGUCGCCGCAUUCAUGUACGAAGUAGAGUUACAUCAAGGCAUUACGUCAAGUGUCAUUGAUGGUCAUGGUGUGGAAAGGCUUCGCCGACUUGCACUUAAAUUGCACAUAGCGCAGUCGGAGGAGCUGAGGUAGCCACAUAUAAUUGUCAACCACAUACCCCUACUUCAGUGGGAGAAUCGUAGGAUGGUUUCAGAAUUGAUUGUGAUAGACUAGGAGGUCUGGGUAGCUGUAUGAUACAUUUCAUGAUGUAUUGAUAUCUAAGC